GUGGGGGAGGAGUACAGAGAUGAGAGGAGAAAUGUGAGCGUGUGAAUAUGAGCGAGGGAUGUGGAUGCUAAUGCAGAGGGCGGAGCUUGCGUGGCAUCUCCCUCUGCUUGAACAUCUCUCACUCUUCAUCCACUUACUACAGCACGGGGUGCAUCUAUCCGCAGUCAUCAUUUGCACCCCCCCCCCCCCCAACUCGUCUGACCCAGUGGACCGCUUGCCCCCCUCUUUGUAUCUUUACGGACUAUCGGGCCGCUUUCUCGGCUGUGCAGCAGAUGUCGUUUUGACACAUGGCUUUUGGGGGGUGUGGUGUAGUGCGGUGAAUCCCCGAUUUUUAAGAUCGGCGACCCCGGCGUGUUGUCCCACAGCACACUCCUUAAGAAGCGGUGAAUUAGGCAGGGAAGAUAACCGGAGGGGGGGGGCGAGGCGACGAGAAGAAUGAUGGUGCCGGCUCCUCGUGCUGUGGUCGUGCUGCUCCUCCAUAGGCUGCGUGUCAUCCGAGCACAGCUCCACGUCACCUCGACAUGAGCGUUGCAGGAAGGGCGUCCUGCUCCAUGCUCAAUUGCUUUGGUGAAGAGGGGCCUCCCAGUCUGGAGUACAUUAAGGCCAAGGAUCUAUUCCCCCAGAAGGAGCUGGUGAAGGAGGAUGAAAGUCUUCAGGUCCCCUUCCCAGUUCUUCAGGGGGAAGGGGUAGAAUAUCUUGGCCAUGCAGAUGAGGCGGUCAUUGCCAUUUCGAACUACAGACUCCACAUCAAGUUCAAGGAGUCUGUCAUCAAUACCUACCCAGAUGUGGACAAUGAAAUAUCUGUGCCCCUCAGACUGAUCGAGAGCGUGGAGAGCAGAGAUAUGGCCCAGCUGCACAUCAUCUGCAAAGACUCCAAAGUUGUUAGAUGCCACUUUACAACAUUCAAGCAGUGUCAGGAGUGGGUCAAACGUCUGAGCAGGGCAAUAGCUCACCCGUCACGCCUCGAAGACCUCUUUGCACUGGCUUAUCAUGCUUGGUGUCUGGGAGGCAGUGCUGAUGAUGAGGACCAGCAUGUUCAUCUGUGUCGGCCAGGCGAUCAUGUGCGUCAGAGAAUGGAGAUGGAGGUUAAAAGGAUGGGCUUUGACACGCAAAACAUCUGGAGGGUGUCAUCCAUAAAUUGCAACUAUAAACUGUGCUCCAGUUACCCACAGAAGCUUCUGGUUCCAAUAUGGAUCACUGACAAAGAGCUUGAGAGUGUGGCUUCCUUCAGAUCCUGGAAGAGGAUUCCCGUGGUGGUCUACAGACACCAGAAGAAUGGGGCAGUGAUUGCACGCUGCAGCCAACCUGAAAUCAGCUGGUGGGGCUGGCGAAACCCGGAUGAUGAGUACCUGGUGACAUCCAUUGCCAAAGCGUGUCAAAUGGACACAGGAGCUAAGGGUACCUGUGGUGCACCUGCUUGCCAGCAACGUGGAGAAGCUCCCGACUCAUCCGACAGUGAUUUUGACUCCUCACUGACUGGUAGCUCGGGCUGUGAUGACAACACCGUACCACAGAAGCUUCUGAUUCUGGAUGCUCGCUCUUACACUGCUGCAGUGGCCAACCGUGCCAAAGGUGGAGGCUGUGAGUGCGAAGAAUAUUACCCGAACUGCGAGGUGAUGUUUAUGGGAAUGGCUAACAUCCACGCCAUCCGGAACAGUUUUCAGGCCCUGAGGACAGUCUGCAGUCAGAUACCCGAUCCAGGAAACUGGCUUUCAGCUUUGGAGAGCACCCGCUGGCUGCAGCACCUGUCUGUAAUGUUGAAGGCGGCCACUCUGGUGUGUUCCUCCUUGGAGCGAGAAGGUCGCCCCGUCCUUGUGCACUGUUCAGACGGAUGGGACCGUACACCCCAGAUUGUUGCCCUGGCCAAGAUCAUGUUGGAUCCCUACUACAGAACACUAGAGGGUUUCCAGUUACUUGUGGAGACUGACUGGCUGGACUACGGUCACAAGUUUGGAGACCGCUGUGGACACCAGGAGAACGCCGAUGACGUUAGUGAGCAGUGUCCCGUCUUUCUGCAGUGGCUUGACUGCGUUCACCAGCUGCUCAAACAGUUCCCCUGCCUCUUUGAGUUCAACGAGGCCUUCUUGGUCAAGUUGGUGCAACAUACGUACUCGUGUCUCUAUGGUACUUUCUUGUGUAACAACGCUCGUGAGAGGGAGGCGAGGAACAUUUACAAACGCACCUGCUCCGUCUGGUCCUUGCUGCGCACAGGGAACAAGAACUUUCAGAACUUCCUCUACAUCCCCAGUCAUGAUAUGGUGCUGCAGCCUGUCUGCCACACACGCGCAUUACACCUGUGGACAGCCGUCUACCUCCCCACAUCCUCUCCUUGCACAGCCGUGGACGACUCGAUGGAGCUCUACUUGUCUCAGAGUGUCACGGGGGAUGAACUUGCCUCCCGUUCCCUUGACAGACUUCCCAAGACCCGCUCCAUGGACAAUCUUCUGUCAGCUUUCGAGAAUGGGGCGCCCCUAACUCGGACAUCCAGUGACCCCAAUCUUAAUAAGCACUGCCAGGAGGAUCGCCCAGCUUUGGAGGCCGCACCCACCCUUGAGAGUCCAUCUAUCGACUGCUCGGCUGAGAUCGCACUUGACGACGGUGAUGAGAAUCCUCCACAACUGAGUCCUACCCAGCCAUCAGAUGGCUCCAGUGCUGAAUGUGUGGAGGACACACCAAAGGAACCGUGUCUCACCACUCAGCCUCUGCCUUCCCUACCUCUUCCUCCUGCUCCCCUAACUUGUGAUAUCCAGGCUCACACUCCACUCCUCGCUCCUGUCCUACAGCAAGCUUCACCACACACAACUACCCCCCCUCUUCCAACACCUCAACUGGAGGCCGAGAGCCCAUGUAAGACUGCUGAGAGCACCACACUGCCCACUCCUAUAUCAGAGCCGUGCUUUACGCUGAGCCACGAGGCCAUACCACCUGCAGCCACCCUACACCUUGAUAGCCCGGAAAGUUGCCUCAUGGAGUCUGCUGACCUCAUGGCUCUGAAGCUUCUCACGCCACAGAUUCCCUUGGAGGACUCCACUGAGACUCUUAUAGAUCAAGGAGAACUUUCUCACACCUUGGCGCAUCAGCAAAGCGACGGUCCUACUCUCAGUCAUUUCACCGAGGAGGAGGAGGAGGAGCAGCAGGUGGUGCCGCCGCCACCGCCGCCGCUCAAAGAGCAGGUGAUAGAUCAUGUCAAGGGAAGAGAUCAAACGUUAUCUGCUGCAGCAUCUCCAAUGGACUCCUUCCAAGGAUCCACUCAGCAUCUCAUCUCCCAGAGUCCGCUGUCAGACAUGUCCCUCAUGGGCCCCCAUUGGGAGAGCAUUCAGGGCCUAAUGCAGUCAGCCUGCAGCAGCGCCAGUCACUGUGGCAGCCGCUCUCCACAAGCCUACCAGAGCCGCCGACUGGCCUAUAAGCUUCUGCGCUCGCAAGGCAUCGCCCUCGCCAGCGGUUCCCAGUGCUCCCGCAAGGAGGCGCUCUGUUGUCCCAGCAGCCCCGGAUGGCCGUCUGCGGCAAGGAGCGUAGCGGGCUUCACCAGCCUGAACGCCCCCGCCAUGAACACCUGCUCAGUGGCGUGCCACCAGCUUCCAGCCGCAUCGCCCUCCGUCUGCAGCUCACCCGUCCCGCCCCAAACUCCGGCCUACCUAGACGACGACGGGCUGCCGGUGCCCAUGGACGCCGUGCAGCAAAGGCUGCGUCAGAUCGAGGCGGGCUACAAACAAGAAGUGGAGGUAUUGCGGCAGCAGGUGCGACAGCUGCGGAUGCGACUCGAGAGCAAACAAUACAGCACCCCACCCUCCGAGCCCGACGUCGACUACGAGGAUGAUAUUACCUGUUUAAGGGAGUCGGACAACAGUCCCGAGGAAGACUCUCUAUCUACCCAGAGUGAAGACCGACUGUCUGAGGGCAGCUGGGAUCGAGUGGAGAGCAAGGACACGGAGGUCACGAGGUGGGUGCCUGACCACAUGGCCUCUCAUUGUUUCAACUGUGACUGUGAGUUCUGGAUAGCCAAGCGGCGUCACCACUGCAGGAACUGCGGCAACGUGUUCUGUAAAGACUGUUGUCAUCUGAAGCUGCCAAUCCCAGACCAGCAGCUGUACGACCCGGUGCUGGUUUGCAACACUUGCCACGACCAGCUCCUGGAGUCCAGAACCCGCGAGAUCCGCAGCCAGCAGUUCAAAAAGGCCAUCGCCACAGCCUCAAGUUGAGCAAAGGGUCUCCUGUCGGGUCAUGUCCUUCUUUGAACUCACGAGGUGUCGCCCCCACAACCUGCUGUGGAUCUUGGUUGAGGUGAUGAGCUGUCUGAAAAAUAGGGGUGCACUGUGGUGGCAGGAGGGCGGGGGAAUGCCCCAGGACCAAGUCCUGGACAGAACAUAUUUCGGCUUUUAGCACGGCAACACUCUGUAGUGGUACCCCCCCCCCCUUUUUGAGCCCACCUUAAGUACCCAACACCUGCACUCUCCAUAUAGUCAUACUUGAGAGGGACAAUCGAUCGGUGACUCCAAACCUUUACCUGAUCUACUGGAGGCUUUCAGCUGGGAAAGAAACGAAUCGCUGCUAUUGUAUUUAAAAGUCUAAUUUUGUAUUCUUAUUUUGUGCACCUCUAAAUGUCGUCGUGUGUCGAAGGGAAUCUCGCGACCAAACUCGAGCGAAAAGAAAGGGAGAGAUCUGCUGUCGACUUUGCCAUUGUAACUUGGAAUGUAAAUCCCGUGCAUUUUGGUGGGUCCUAUUCGUGUUUUCCGAUUUUAAGUGUCAAUGCGGGCCGAGGUCUUCAGCGAUGCUCUUGCAGCUACAUUUUGGUGUUGGAAAGCUCUGCGGGAGACACACGUAUGUUGUUGGUAUGUGAAGCGGUGUGUUUUGGGACACGGCAUGUUUCGAUGAAAAUCAUUGAGGGUAUUUCUGGGAAACGACUGAGAAUUUUCCGACAAGGUCUGCGUUACCUCUGACUGAACGCCCCCCCCUCCCUCAAAAAAAAAUCUCAUUGUCCUCCUGAUUGGCACUUGAAGGAAGAAAGACUGAACAAUUGAUUGACAGUUCUUUUUACGCAACAGGGGAGGGCGGCCACAGUACGUACUUGUUUGUGUCUACUGGGUGUUCAAUGGUGCCAUACUUUUUUUUUUUUUUUUUUGUCCCCCCUCAAUGUUUUUCUUUUCAUAGAUGGCAGCAGUUUACUAUUUGACUCCUCCUAUGUGUUCAUGGUACAGAUGUUUAGCUGCUAAAGUUUAACAUAUAGAUCUAAUGAUUUCACUGGAUGAUCAAAUGUCACUAAAUUAGCUGACCUAAUAAUUUAGGUUUUUUUUUUUUUUUUCCCGAUGGUGUUAACAUCUCUUUUUAGAGAAAGCUCUGAAGUGUAACAUACAUAGUGAUAUCUGAUCCAUGGUGGCGGCAAGUACCAGUCUUUUAAUUGAUGAAUAACUGUUGUAAAGAAUUGCACUGUAAAAGUAAAUUCCCAUUGGCAAAGAUAAAAAAAAUUAUAUGAUGGAUUUGUUUCCCAGCUUGUUUAUUUUUUGAAAAAAAAAUACAAUACAGUGUCUACAAGGAUGAGACUAGGCUGCACGUCACCAGAGAGAUGCAAACGGUAUAUAACGUCAUCUAUCUACAGGAAGUACAUCAAUAUGGUCAUGUGUGCUUCAGUCUCGUGAUUUCACUGCAGGCUUCUACGAUUUAAAGACUUCACAAAGGUUCCAUUUCUAAUGGAUAAUGGGUGACUAAAGACAAACAAUAAAUACAAUGCCUGUAAUAAAUAUGACAGUGUAUGUA